ACAUGCAGAACCGUACUGCAGGAAAAGUUUCAGAAGAACAUGAGUUUGAGAAUGAAGGGUUUUGCAUUCUUUUUGAUGGCACUAUGUUGCUGUCUGUCUGGGUCACAGGGUCAGGGAGACCACGAGGACCAGAAAGCAUGCUGCCCAUCUGACACUUGCUCUCUGAUGAAAGAACUGACAUCUAUAGCAGAGAAACUCGGAGCCAUGGGGGAGAAACUGGGAACUAUGGGGGAUAACCUGAGACUCAUGGAGACCCGGUUACAAACCAGUGAGAAUGAAGUGGAGGAGCUGAAGAGACUAACUGGAGGUCGGCCUCAGGUGGCCUUCUCCGCAACUCUCUGGCAGACAGGCGAUGCCCCUGGGAACACAGGACCUUUCACCACUCCCAUUCCCCUGCAGUACAAGAAGGUCUUCUCAAACACCGGCAGCUCAUACAACCCUGCCACAGGCAUCUUCACUGCCACGGUCAAAGGAAUGUACUACUUCCAUUUCACGAUGAUGAACAACCUGAACAACCCUCCUAAUUCUGUGGUGUGUUUGACCAAGAAUGGCCAGAGGCUGGUGUCUGUCUGGGACACUGUAGGAACCGAUGCGCACGACAGUGGCAGCAAUGCAGUGGUCAUUCCUCUGGAGGUGGGAGAUAACGUCUAUGUGGAGUUACAGGCUAACAGGCUGGUUUAUGAUGAUGGCAUGAACUACAACACCUUCAGCGGCUUCCUGCUCUUCACAAUGUAAACAUGGAACACAUUUCAACAGCUAAAUGGUUGAAUUUACUUUAUUUUCUUUAGUAGACAUAAAAUAGUAAUCUGUGCUUCAUAGCACACUGUGGGGUUAUAAUGCAGUGCAAUAAUGUAUAAGAGUAGGUUGUCAUCAGGUGGACAUGUAACUGUAUAAAUAAAUACAAAAUAUAUUGAUCCUAGAUGUAACUGAACAGUUUUGUAGGGUAAUGCUUCACUGAAGUGAAAAAAUGUAAUAACUUUUACUAUAUGUACAUGAACUUACAUCUGUCAAUAAACGUUUAACCAUUCAUGAAAAAACAUUCCUUUACUACUCAGAUAUGUGCAGAGUAGUCCUACUCCUAAGUGCCAUAACUCAAGUCUGAAUUCCCCCUAAGUGAACUGGCUAUUAUAUUGAUUUUUAUUAUAUUGCAUUUCAAAAUGGAUUUUCCAAGAUACUGACAAAGUAAACUCCAUUUAUAAAGACCCCGUCAGACACAUUUAAUGUGUAUGUAAAUAAGGGACACACUAUAAAUCAAAUAAUGUCCUGUAAUCAUAUGAGUUUCAAUUGACCAGUGGUGGAAAAAGUACUCAAUUGUCAUACUUGAGUAAAGGUAAAGAUACCUUAAUAGAAAAUGACUCAAGUAAAAAAGAAAGUCACCCAGUAAAAAUACCAUUUGAGUAAAAGUCUAAAGUAUUUGGUUAGAAAUAUACUUAAGUAUCAAAAGUAAAAGUCAUAAAUGAUUUCAAAUUCCUUAUAUUAAGCAAACCAGAUGGCACUAUUUAAAAAAUAUAUAUUUAAUUUACGGAUAGCCAGGGUCACACUCCAACACUCAGACAUAAUUUACAAAACAAACAUUUGUGUUUAGUGAGUCUGCCAGAUCAGAGGCCAUAGGGAUGACUAGGGAUUUUCUCUUGAUAUAAGUGAAUUAAUUCGACCAUCUUCCUGUCAAAAUGUAACAAGUACUUUUGGGUGUCAUGGAAAAUGUAUGGAGUAAAAAGUACAUUAUUCUCUUUAGGAAUGUAGUGAAGUAAAAGUAAAAGUAGUAAAAAAUUGAAAUAGUUAAGUACAGAUACCCCAAAAAACUACUUAAGUAGUACAUUCAAGUAUUUUUACUUAAGUACUUUACACCACUGCAAUUGACAGGGUCUUCAUUUCAAUCACACAUUCAACAUAAAAGUUAGUUGUGGACAGGGGUUGUAGAUCUGAAAUAAGUGUUUCCCAUGCAUCAUUAUGGAAGAACAGUCAUUUAGGGAGAGGCAGAGGUCAUGGGGGAACAUAAAGCAUAGAGGUCUGCAUGGUUUAUGAUUGUUAUACGCUGAACACGUUUACAUUUUUGUAAGUGACCUUUAAUAAAUGCCCUGCUGUCUUUAA